AUGGCAUUGUUUAAUAGUCCACCACCACCCACGUCAACAACUUCUGGAACCUCUCCGAGAGGAAUGAUUUCACCAAGAGGUGAAUCAUCCAAUGUGUUGAAGGAAAGAAAGAAUGUUUUUGAGAAUUCUCAACAACAAACAACACCAACAAGUACUACUACCAGUAGCAGCAAUGCUGACACCAAUGUUGUCCCUACUGGUAGUGUUGGUUCAAUUAAGGAUCGAUUUUCACAAUUUGAAAAGAAGAAUACAGAGGAUAAGACGACAACAGUUUCACCAAAUACAAACACAUCAUCGAGUGGUCCAAAGUGGAAACCAAAGACUGAAAAUGCAAAUUCUGCAUCUACAACAACACCUCCUCCUUCUUCAACAACCAGUACACCCACCACGGUUGUGACAAACACCUCUCCAAAAGUAGCUGUCACUGCAGCAACUCCAACUGAAAAACCUACGAAUGGCAGUGACAAACUUUCGUCAUCAUCCACUCCACCAGUCAGCACUACUACGGAGACAAAAACUUCUCCUUCUGCCAGCAGCAAUAACCAAUCGUCACCAAAAGAAGAAAAACAACCUGAAAAGGCAGAAAAUAAGGAAACACCAAAGAGUGUCAAUAAUACUCCACCAAGCAGUUCUACAAGCUCGCCAAUCUCAACACCCGGUACAACUUCACCUCCUUCAACAAAUACAGUUUCAACAGCAGCAACUUCAACAUCUACUUCAGGUGGUGUGAAAUCCAAGUUUGCCAUGUUCGAGAAGAAGGAACCAACAUUGACCAAUGAACCUCCAAAACCAUCCUCCACUGAAAACGUGAGACGUGGCAGCGUUUUGUCAAGAUAUUCUGAAGUGAUUAAUAAGAAUGAAAACAAGAAUGAAAAUAAGAAUGAACAUAAGACUGAAAAUAAGACUGAAAUUAGUACCGCUGCUUCUUCUACUGUCACAACUACGACCACUCCAACGAUUACUACUGCCACAACUGUUGCAACACCUUCAACCAAAGCAACAAGUCCAAGUAGUACAACAACAACUGUCAAUAGCUCAGAUUCCAACAAAUCGGUAGCAAGUGAAACCAGUGGUGUGAAUGUGAAAUCAAAAUUUGCCAUGUUCGAAAAGAAGGACACGCCUUCAUCCACAAAUGAAUCUCCAAAACCAUCUUCCGUCGUGGCCACCUCUGAAACCACAACACCAAAGACUGCAAAGGUGCCAACACCAACAACGACCUCCUCUGGUUCUACCUCUCCUUCGAAAGGUACUGACACAACACCAGUUUCAACAAGUUCAGAUCAGAACAGCAGCAAGACUGAAACAGAGGCUACUACCUCAACGAAUGCAACUGUGAACACCACUUCUCCUACUACAACAAGUUCUGGCAGUAGUACUACUUCAACAAGUUCAGGUAGUGUGAAAUCCAAAUCCAACAUGUUUGAAAAGAAGGAGCAAAGUAGUACUUUGACUGAAACAUCAAAACCUUCUGCCACUACCACUUCUCCCACAGCAACAACUUCUGUGAACUCAGCCACUACUUCAGGUGGUGUGAAAUCCAAGUUUGCCAUGUUUGAGAAGAAGCCUGAAGAAUCCUCAACAGCAACCACAUCUUCACCUAUUGAAAAGAAGAAUGUCGUUGAGAAUAAGGUAGAAAACAAAGUGAGCGAAACAAACAAGGUUGAAAAGUCAUCCACUCCUGUCGAAUCCAGCAAUAAGGCCUCUCCCACAACACCAUCCACCAACACUUCCACACCCACUGUUUCCACAACUUCGGGUAGUGUGAAAUCUAAAUUUGCCAUGUUUGAAAAGAAGGACACGGGUAGCACUCCAGAAACCAAAUCAAGUGAAGUUUCAAGCAGCAACAAUAGUACCACCACACCAGGAAGUGUGAAAUCCAAAUUUGCCAUGUUCGAAAAGAAGGCGACCGAAGAACCUUCCACCUCCUCGACCACCACACCUGAAAAGAGCAAUACCACCACUGGUGAAUCCACAUCGAAUAAGUGGCAAUAUAGUAGCAACAACUCGACACCUGUAUCAACGACCACUCCUUCCACACCAGAAAGUGGUGGUUCUAAGGGUCUUUCAGUUUCAGAAAAGUUGGCCAAGCUGAAACAAAACUCGGCUGGAUCUCCUCCUCCGUUCGGAAUGAUGAUGAUGGGAAUGCCAAAGAAGGAUUCAUCAUCUUCCAGUAGUGGCAGUAGCAGCAGUAGCAGUAGUAGUGGAAGUAAUCUUGUAGAACCUUCUCAUAAAGCCUCAUCUCCACCCAUGUUUGGAUUGAUCAUGGGGUCAGGUCCAACUCCAAAGAGAGAACACGUUCCAGAUGCAACCGAACAUGAACGACAACAUCAUGGUAUGCUCUCUUCCGAUGCAAUCAUUACAAGAGCAAAGGCUCCAGCCUCCAAUAAGAGAAAGACUGUUUCCAAGAAGAGUAUUGAUCAUGCAGAGAACACCCGAAGAACGAUUGCAGCCAUUUAUUUGGAUGGAGACGAAGAGGAGGAGCAUGAGGUUGAUCGUGUAGCAGCCUAUGCCGAAUAUUAA